UUUCAGUUUGUCGCUUCGUUCGUUUUCGCCUUUUGUCGCAUUUUUGCAUUUCCGAUCAAAAGAAAACAAACGAAAACCUUUUAUUUGUUUGAAAACUGCGAACAAUAUGCAGCAACAACGACGUUUCCCAAUAGGCGUCCUCCUGCUCCUGGCCAUGGUUUCCUGUGGACACACACUAGCUGUGGGCACACCUGAGUGCCCCGAAAAGGUGGGCACCCAGGCCUAUGCGCAUACUGAAAACUGUGAUCAGUUCUUCCUCUGCACGAACGGCACCCUAACCCUGGAGACCUGUGAGAACGGUUUGCUCUUCGACGGUAAGGGAGCGGUACACAAUCAUUGUAAUUACAAUUGGGCUGUGGACUGCAAGGGACGGCAGUGGGAUCCCACACCCAUUUCGACGCCCGGCUGCGAGUAUCAAUUCGGUCUCUAUGCCGUUUCCAAGGACUGCUCCACCACGUACAUAAAGUGCGCUCAUGGGGAGCCCCACGAGCAGGACUGUGAUGCCGGUCUGGCCUACGAUGAGCGCAUUCAUGGUUGCAACUGGCCCGAUCAGCUAUUGGAACACUGCAACCCUGAAGCUGUUGUUGGCUUUAAGUGCCCCACCAAGGUGGAUCCAAACUCUGUGGCCGCGCGUUUCUGGCCCUUCCCGCGCUUCCCCGUUUCGGGUGAUUGCCAUCGCCUGAUUACCUGCGUUGAGGGAUACCCCCGCCUGAUCAGCUGCGGCGAGGAUAAGGUUUUCGAUGAGAACACGCUAACCUGUGAGGAGCCCGAGUACGCUAGCGGUGGUUGCGCCAACUACGGCAAGUAGUUGUUUAGACCCGCACACACACACACAAACACACUUGUAUAUAUGUAUGUAUCGCUGCUUGGUUCGUGGUUGGUUGCAAAUAUGUAAAUCCCCCUUUUUAACGCUCCUGAUCCGGUCAACUUAUUUUACACAACUCUGGAUGUAUAUGUCUCUCCCGCUGUGUUCUCUCUCUCUCUCUCUUUCUCUUACACACAAACACACUCCUUGUCUCUGUCUGCCUUUUUAUACCGUUUAAAGUGUUGUA